GUGCGAGGCAUUCCAUGCCGCGCGUUCGAUCGCUGCCGUCGCCGAUUCACCUGAAUGCAACCAUCAGCUGCGCCAUCUGCCAACGCGCAGAGUAUUUGCGCAAUCGACAGUGGGGCGUGUGCCCUCUGUGUUGCUCCUGGAUAUGUAUGGCUCACGCAAGACGGGGCCCCAUGCGCAGAUGCCCGAAGUGCCCCAUGCAAAUGAUGGAUUAUGUUGGAUUGGCGGCCACUCUCAGCUGGAAUUUGGAGAUUCGCAGGAAUCGGAUUUCCUCGGCGGGUCGUCUUUGCUUGCGUCGGCUAUCUCGGAGUAUGUCAUCUUCGUUCGGAUCCGGGAGGUGGAGACUGUGGCGCUGAGGAAUCUACAAGAGAUGGUAACACAGCGGUCGCGUUGGCUUUCCUUGUCAGAUCCGUUCGAUUUAGAAUUGACUGUUUCUGCUUGGAGAUUUCAUUUGAACUUGGUGGAGCAGCAAGCGAGGCAGGUUACGGCUCGUGUGGAUCCGUCGAUCAUGCUGGGCGAGGCGCGUAAGAACUUGCAAGGGCUCAGCGAAAAACACUCCAUUUCCGAUGUGGAUCGUGCUUGCAAGCGGUUGGGUGCUUGGACACGUUUAAUGAUGUCUCUGAUACCUUACAAAGAUGCGGUGUGCAAGGAUUUGGUGAUGUCGCCAGUGGAUCCGAGCACGUCCAAGCGGAGAUGGGAAAGCCAUCUUUUCGAACUCAGGCAGUGCGUGGAUCUUCUCAAGAACGAGCUGCCAGGCACAUGCGGCGAGUUUAUCGAUAUGUGUCCCGAUUCUCCUGCAGAGAUCUGGAAGGAUGAUUUUCGUGGCGGAGCAUCCUCUGCCGGCAUCAUCUGCAGCUUGCGCGCUGGCGGCGCAGAUGAGGACACAGGCCUGGUUCAUCGCUUUGCUCAGGAUUUCGACGCGGACAAUGCAAUCUCCAAGAUGAUGGCAAGCUCUCGCUGGAAAUCAAACAGCUCUGGCGCCGCAAUGCUCGGGAAGCUGCCACCAGAGGCCACCUGGAUGCACCUUCAGAUUGAAGUUCUUCUCAACGGCAGCAGCGUGCAGGGCGAUUGCUGUGAGCUUCGUCUGUUCGCUCGUUUCCUUAGAGAGUACCCGUUGCCUCUCAUCGCCUUUCGCACGGAGUGGUGCAUUUUCGCCGAGGAGGAAAAGCUGGCAGGAUGCAUUGAUUUUGUGGCUAAGUGCUCGACCCGUGAAGUUAUUCUUUUUGAUUGGAAAAGAACAAAACAGCUUCGUAACAAGUACAGCAACCCUUGGGCGAGUAUGAGGCACCCAUUAUCACAUCUAGCAGACAGUGCUGGAGUUCAUUAUCGUUUGCAGCUCAACCUUUAUAAGUUCAUUCUCGAGAAAUACUACGAUCUGAAGGUGCGGGCCAUGCAUGUUGUUUGCUUGCGUCCGGAUAAUUGUGAUCACGGACCUUUCCUGGACACCGUGCCGGACAUGCUCGUAGAGGCAAAGGCCAUGCUGGAUACACACAAACUUGCCCUCGCAGCCGACCAAAAAGAUGUGCGCGGCGGUGCUGCUCCCGCUGAGAAAGUGUUCGACUGUAAAACCCAUGACGCACUGAAUGUUUCCGGUGCAACGGAGCAAGGUCAGCGUGGCAAUGACAAUCUGCGUGAGUCAACGGCUGAGAAGCACGGUCAGACGCAGCAGGAUGGUGUCAGAUCGAGCGCCGCUACGCAAAACUCUUCGUUCGGGCGUCGCCCGUAUGCUUUGGUAGCCUCCGAGCUACGUGCAGCUGGUUUGCAGCCAUAUACGGCGAGCAAUGAGAUGAAUGAUCGCGAGAUCCUGAAUGGAAACUUCACCAACCUGUAUCGUCGCCGUGUCUUGUUGUUUGUCGGACAAAGUGUUUCCGCAGGUGCGCAAGAAGAAAAUGAUAGCUUUCGUUCCAUGUGCGGCAAUGACAUGCGCGGAGGAGCCUCGCAAGACUCAUUCGAUGCUCGUCUUGAACAGGAGUACGACCUCAUGGACACAGAGGACAUUGCAGCCGACGAACAUGCGGAUUCGCAGCGCGAGCAACUAGCACUGGCGCUGCCUUCUAUUCUGUCAGAGGACACCCUAGCGGCUGCCAAGCAAAGACGCCUGAUGCCAGGCGCAUCAACAAGCUCGGAUGCUUUCGACGGCUUCUUUGCGGCCACAUCCGCAGCCUACGACGUUUCAGUCGAAGCUAGGCCUCAAGCAUCCGAGGAACGCAUCAGCGGGUCUGUCAGGGAGCAGUGUCGUAGAAUUCUAGCUUACACUAGAGCGCAUCAGCCUGCGUGGCCGGAAGACAUGAUUCGCGUGGGCGCAGCAGCCAUUCUCGUGCGCAGAACGCGGUGCACGGACCUCUUCGUGCGCGGCUUCGUGGGCCUCAUCUGGAUAAUCGAGGGAGAGCGUUUUAUUCGAGCGCAUGGAGGAGUUUGCUACCUGUAUCAUGAUGACGGUGCUUUCGAGGCUUACAAAGGCGUGCCGCCAGAAUCCACGUUCUACAGGAUCAAAACUUUUCUGCUGAGGCUGGAAGGAAUCUUUCGUCUAAUGUCACCUUCGACUUCGCGGUCGGACCAGGGCAUCCUCACGGAGAUCGCACAGCUCCGCUUGCAAUACAACAACCUCAAGGAGUUCCUGCUGGCUGCCGAGGAUGAAGCCAUGGCGUCCGGGCCUGGAAGGCAGCGCGCAGGAAGGCGAGCAGGAGAUGAAGGUGAGGCGAGCCAUGGCUGGCCCGCUUGGACUGCGGAAAUGCUAGCCAAAAUCCUGGCUCCUCUGCAGAAAGAUCUUCUGGAUGAACGUACCUCGGAAAUACUUAGCAUUUUUUUGUGUCUGACACAUUAA